AUUACAAGCAAUGAUAAGGAUAAUAAUAAAGUAAGACAAGCGACAAUAUAAUAAAAAAAUUAUUUUUCCAUAAUUUUCCGCCAUUAUUAUUUCUCAAGACAAAAAUAGAAGUCAAUUUUCGCUCCGUAUUCAAACAGAGGAGAGAAGUUUUCUGCUUUGCUUUUCAUGUAAAACACUCCUCGAUUACAAAUUUUUUGUAAGUUUUCUUCAUUUUGGCGGUUUACAAAAGAAAUCAUCAAUCCAAAGCUCACUCCUUAGUUCCAGUUCUUCACAGGAAAUUGUUUCGUUGAGUAUACACUGAGGCCUUUGAUACUCCGAACUCGUCAGCUCUGGCAGACAUGGAUCAAAGUGCUGCUGUUGAGGAGGUAGGGAAUUUGAGGAACAACCUUGAGCUUUCUAAAUCAGUCUCUGAUAAACAUCUUGAUCUUUUGAGGCCAUCUGCUCGAUACUAUUCAGUAUUUAAAGGGCAAGCACCAGAUGCCACAGAAAAAGGCAAGUAUACCCUUAUCAAAGAUGUAGAGGACUUCCAGACAGGGAUUUUUGACAAACCUCUUCCAUGCUUUGGCUGUGGGAUAGGAUGGUUCUCCUUCCUCUCAGGAUUUGUGUGCCCAUUAAUGUGGUACUAUGCUACAUUUCUUUAUUUUGGAAAUCACUACCGCAAAGAUCCUAGGGAGAGAGCAGGCCUUGCUGCUUCUGCAAUUGCUGCAAUGGCAUGCUCUGUUGUACUGCUGAUCAUAAUAGUUUUUAUUCUAUUUUCAACCUAAUCACCUAGAAUUCGAAGUAUGCUUCUCACACCUUUAUCCAUGUUGAGUUCAAAGGAAUUGCAUGCAAAUUAAAUAUUGAAUGCCUGGGCGGCAAUGUGGAAACUGUUGUCCCACAAGCAUGCCAUAUGAGAAACAGUACCGACCUGUCCCAUCUGCUGAGCAUCCUUGUAAAGACAACAGAUAUUGGAGAAAUGUUUUGUUUACAGGAAUUCAUACAAGAAAUUAUACUUGGCCUUUGAUAGAACCAUGAAAUUUGAGGCUAUGUUUAUUUGUAAGUAAUAUGAUGAGUUCAUUAAUGGAAUAACUUGCUUCAUUGUUGAUACA